AUGAUGGAGGCCAGAGAGGAAGAUGAUGAAGGUCAGAGAGGAAGAUGAUGGAGGUCAGUGAGGAAGAUGAUGGAGGUCAGUGAGGAAGAUGAUGGAGGUCAGAGAGGAAGAUGAUGGAGGUCAGAGAGGAAGAUGAUGGAGGUCAGUGAGGAAGAUGAUGGAGGCCAGAGAGGAAGAUGAUGGAGGUCAGUGAGGAAGAUGAUGGAGGUCAGUGAGGAAGAUGAUGGAGGUCAGAGAGGAAGAUGAUGGAGGUCAGUGAGGAAGAUGAUGGAGGUCAGUGAGGAAGAUGAUGGAGGUCAGAGAGGAAGAUGAUGGAGGUCAGUGAGGAAGAUGAUGGAGGUCAGAGUCUGAUCAGGUAAACCAACAGGUGAUGCUGAUGGUUCUGGUUCUCAUUGGCUGUUGAAGAGGAUGAAUGAAUCUGAUUGGAUGUCAGUGGGUGGGCGGGGCCUCUGCCUGUCUGGCAGCAGCUGUGCAUCAGGACUCCAUUACCCAGCAUGCAGCGGGGCGGCCAGUAAAAUCCCUAAAGAGGAUUUGAGUGGAUCAGAGAGGAAACAUGCCGCUGAAGAAGGAAGAUACGGAGCGCGCUCUGCAGGUCAUGGAGGCCUGCCAGGCCCAGGCUGCUGACGGGGUCAAAGGUCGAGCUGAGAGGCUGCUGAACAUCUUCCAGAGUGACCUGUUCCAGGCUCUGCUAGACAUCCAGGAGUUCUACGAGCUGACGGUGUGUGAGAGCCAGACGUCCAGCCGGCCACACACACCUGCACAGAAGUACCGUUACCAUGACGACGAGCCGCCCGUGGACCCCAGCCCCGGUCACAUGACCCACAGCGCCGAGCUAAGCCACGCCCACCUGGACGGAUUCACAGCCGCUCUCACCGUAGGUACCACACUACCCACAAUGCACCUGGUCCCUGAGCGGCCUCCAGGGGGCAGCAGCAGCUUCAUGAGCUACAGACUGAGACAUCAUUAUGGACCCGACAGAACCAGAACCACUGGACCGGGUCAGAACCCACUGAUAAUGUUCUGCUCAGGAUCCGAUCAGUAGAACCUGCAGGCUGGUACCGCAGGGUUCUGGUGGAACAUCUGGAUCGGAUCAGAACCUCCAAUGGUUCUGGUUCUUGGGUUUCUAAACAGCAGAAUCUGGUUCUGGUUCUGGUUUCCAUCAGAACUCUGCUGCAGCGUUUUGGAUCCUGAAGAAGUUUAACUUCCUGAUAGAUUAUAGAUGAUCAGCUUCAUCAU